CGAGAGCGCCCCCUCCCUGCGCUCCUGGAGCUGCUUGGUCCUGAGCCGGCCGGCCUGUGCUCCCUGCGCGCCCUUCUCAGGACCUGCGAAGGGAGAAGACUCCUAGAGUGUGAGGAUUGAAUAUAGCUCGAUCACCUUAAACAGCAUCUCCAUCCUCCCCUUACACCUGUAACUUCACAGCAACAAGUAAUUCCAAGUUAAUUUGGAUAAAAGAAAUAGCAGGUGCAGUCAGUAUCUUUGGGCUGCAGGAAUCCUUCCUUGCAACACAUCUCAGGUGUCCGUUUGCUAUUCUGGGAAAGCUAAACUGUGGGUUGAUCCAUUGACUUUAUUGGAAAACAGGACUAUUUUGAAACAAGGCUUGGUUUCCUGUGUCAGUAACCUGUGUAGAGGGAAUACACCGAGUCUGCGCCUGGAUUUUGGAAUCAUAGUUUGACUACAGCUUGGAUUGUUUCUACAUUAGCAGAGCAGCUGGGAAGAGAUGACAACAUGCCUACUGGCAGGCUGUGGUCUGGCCUGCUGCUCCUGCUGUCUUUUUUCUGCUCGAGAAGUUCAUCUUGUGGUCUCUCAACACAUGUAGAAAUAGGACACAGGGCUCUGGAGUUUCUUCAGCUUCAAGACGGACACAUUAACUACAAAGAGCUGCUCUUAGAACACCAGGACGCGUAUCAGGCGGGGACUGUGUUUCCUGAUGCCUUUUACCCUAGCAUCUGCAAAAGAGGAAAAUACCAUGAUGUAUCUGAGAGGACUCACUGGACUCCGUUUCUUAAUGCCAGCAUUCAUUACAUUCGGGAGAACUACCCUCUGCCCUGGGAGAAGGACACAGAGAAGUUGGUAGCUUUUUUGUUUGGAAUCACCUCUCACAUGGUCGCUGACGUCAGCUGGCACAGCCUGGGUAUUGAACAAGGAUUCCUCAGGACUAUGGGAGCCAUUGAUUUUCAUGACUCCUAUUCUGAGGCUCAUUCAGCUGGUGAUUUUGGAGGAGAUGUGUUGAGCCAGUUUGAAUUUAAUUUUAAUUAUCUCUCAAGGCGCUGGUACGUGCCCAUCAAAGAUCUUCUGAGAAUUUAUGAUAAUCUCUAUGGUCGAAAAGUCAUCACUGAAAAUGUCAUUGUUGACUGCACAUACCUUCAGUUCUUGGAAAUGCAUGGGGAGAUGUUGGCUGUUUCCAAGCUCUAUUCCACAUACUCUAUGAAGUCCCCAUUUCUGGUGGAACAGUUCCAAGAGUAUUUCCUUGGAGGACUGGAUGACAUGGCAUUCUGGUCCACGAACAUCUACCGUCUGACCAGCUUUAUGCUGGAGAACGGGACCAGUGACUGCCACCUGCCUGAGAACCCUCUGUUCAUCACAUGCGACGGCCGGAGGAACCACAUCCUCGGCUCAAAAGUGCAGAAAAAUGAUUUUCACGGCAAUCUGACCAUGUUCAUCAGGAAAGAUAUCAGGAAAAACCUGAACUACACAGAAAGAGGCGUGUUCUACAGCACAGGCUCCUGGGCCCCCGAAUCUGUAACCUUUAUGUACCAGAAUUUGGAGAGGAACCUGAGGAUGAUGUUUUCUGGCAGCUCACAGACUCCUCUAAAGCAUGUCUCCAGCCCCUCUGCCUCCUACUUCCUGUCUGUCCCCUAUGCCAGGCUUGGCUGGGUCAUGGCUUCAGCUGACCUCAACCAGGAUGGGCACAGUGACCUCGUGGUGGGUGCACCAGGCUACAGCCACCCUGGCCUCUUCCAGAUUGGACGGGUGUAUAUCAUCUACAGCAACGAUCUGGGCCUGCCCCCCAUCAACCUAGACCUAGACAAGGAGGCCCACGGGAUCCUGCAGGGCUUCCAGCCUUCAGGUCGCUUUGGCUCAGCUCUGGCCGUGGUGGACUUCAACAAGGAUGGGCUGCCGGACUUGGCUGUGGGUGCCCCCUCCGUGGGCUCAGGACAGCUCACCUACAAUGGUUCAGUGUAUGUCUACUAUGGGUCCCAGCAAGGGACGCUGUCUCCUUCCCCCAACAUCACCAUCUCCUGCAAGGACACCUACUGUAACCUGGGCUGGACCCUCCUGUCAGCAGAUAUGGAUGGAGAUGGCCAGCCUGACCUGGUGAUGGGUUCACCUUUUGCACCUGGUGGAGGGAAGCAGAGAGGGAUUGUUGCUGCCUUUUAUUCACGUCCCAGACAGAGUGACAAAGAAAUACUGACUGUGGAGGAAGCUGACUGGAAGGUGAGCGGUGAAGAGGACUUCUCUUGGUUUGGCUACUCCCUUCAUGGGGUCACAGUGACAAACAGAACCCUGCUGCUGGUUGGGAGCCCCACCUGGAAGAAUGUCAGCAGGUUGGCACGCUCAAGCCAUAGGAACCAUGAGAAAAACAGCCUGGGAAGGGUGUAUGGCUACUUUCCUCCAAACCGCCAGAGCGAAAUUACUAUUUCAGGAGAUAAGACAAUGGGAAAGCUGGGUACCUCCCUGUCAAGUGGCCAUGUGAGGCUGAAUGGGACCCUAACACAAGUGCUAUUGCUUGGAGCCCCUACUCAUGAUGUCGUGUCUAAAAUGGCAUUCCUAACCAUGAACCUGCACCAGGGUGGAGCUACUCGAAUGUAUGAACUAGCCCUGGAGAAGACACAGCCUGCUUUGCUCAGCACCUUCAGCGGAGACAGGCGCUUUUCUAGAUUUGGUAGCAUUCUACACCUGACUGACCUGGAUGAUGAUGGCUUAGAUGAAAUCAUCAUGGCUGCCCCACUGAGGAUAACAGACGUUACUUCUGGACUUCUAGGGGGAGAAGAUGGACGAGUUUACAUUUAUAAUGGCAAGCAUACCACCCUUGGGGACAUGACAGGCAAAUGCAAAUCCUGGAUGACUCCAUGUCCAGAGGAGAAGGCACAGUAUGUACUAAUUUCUCCUGAGGCAAGUUCAAGGUUUGGGAGCUCGCUGGUCUCUGUGAGGUCUAAGGAAAGGAACCAAGUGGUUGUUGCUGCUGGAAGAAGUUCUUGGGGAGCUCGGCUCUCUGGGGCACUUCAUGUCUACAGCCUUAGCUCAGAUUGAAGACGUCACUCCACUCUCCUAUUCUGCCCCUCUCUCUUGGGCCAAGUCAUCUCCAGGGUGGACAAAGUAUUCAUCCAGUGGAGCUGUGAAGCCUGACAGAGGUGGGACUUCUGGGACAGACAUACUGACAGCCAGGUUACCUGGAAGUAUGAUCAGCUGUAUAGACACCAGAUGAUGGGGAGCAGCAGGCUCUACGCAUCUUCUCUGAGCUUCCCGCCUGUGUUUGGGACCAGAACGAUUACCCCUCCCCUUCUGCUUGAACACCCGUCUCUCUCUUGCCUAGAAAGGUGUAGUCAGCUCUUAUACUCUCUAUACAAUUGCUUCUUUAAAAAUCUGUUAGUGGUGGCUGGUCCUAUUUGGAUCUUAAAUGUGCCCCCCAAAUACCCAUGUUGGAGGCUUGGUCCCCAGCUGAAGGAGGGUGGAAAUUUUAGAGUGGGACCUUGUUGGAGGAAGUUACGCCAUUGGAGUGUACAAGAACCCCAAGUAAUCCUUGUCUGCUUCCCAGCUGCCAUGAAAUGAACAGGAACCCUCUGCCAUGAUGUACUGAUUCUUCCCCAGCCCCAAAGCAACAGGGACAAGCACUCUGGAGCCAACAUGGCUGAAACUGUGAGCCAAAAUAAACAUUUACUCUUUUUAA